AUGGCGAGAUCACUGUGGCUGGCGCUGCUAGUAGGAGUUGCGAGUGCGCGCGGACCGGUGAAGAGAGGAGAAGCGCUGGAGCCUGUGGAUUAUGUCCUGCCCUUCAUAGGCAGCGUCAACGGCGGCCACGUCUUCACAGGUGCGACGGUGCCGCAUGGGAUGGUGAAGGUCGGAAUGGACACAGAUUCUCCUGGAAAUCACGCUGGCUACGAUGGAAAUGCGACCUACAACACGACGGGUUUCUCGCAGCUGCAUGAAAGUGGCACGGGUGGGUCCGUCCCGCUGUCAAACUUCAAGCUGUGGCCGAUAGCGCACUGCCCGGACGGAUUCCGAAGCUGUAAUGUCAGCAUGGAUAUGCGGAAGGCGAAGAGAAAGGUUCUUGAGGAUGGAAAUUCCGACGACUACGCGACGCCCGGGUAUUUCUCGAGCAAUCUGUCCAGCGAUAUCCGCGUCGAGCUCACAGCGACCCGCCGAGCCGCCUUGCACCGGUACACCUUCCCCGCUAACACCACCGAGCCCCGCAUCCUCGUUGACAUCACCAACGACGGCAUGAAGAGUAGCACAGAUGUGCAGGGCACGGUCGACCCGCUCAGCGGGCGCGUCGUUGGUGGGGCGCAGUUCGCCUCGUCAUUCGGGCAGGGGAGGUACUAUGCAUAUACUUGCGUGGAUUUUCAGGGAGAUGGGUAUGAGCUGGGGACCCCGGUGGAGUAUGGGACGUGGUCGAGCAAUUAUCCGACAUAUGGGACGGUGGAUGUGCAUCAGUUGUACUUUGGAUUUGCGACGGAAAUGGGCGCAAUGUUGACUUGGCCGGCGAAUCCGGCAGGGGAGACGAGCAUCCUAGCUCGAGUGGGCGUAUCGCUGAUAUCGUCGGAGCAGGCGUGUCAGAAUGCGGAAGAGGAGAUCCCCGACUUCGACUUCGAAAGGGUCUACGAAGAGGGUCGUGCUGAAUGGAAUGAAUUACUUGGUCGGAUACAGGUCGAUACCACUGGGGUGCCCGAAGAGACGGUGCAGCUUUUCUACUCUUCGCUAUACCGGACGCAUGUCGCCCCAGCCGAUUACACUGGAGAGAACCCGAAGUGGAACUCAACAGAGCCUUACUAUGACUCUUUCUACUGCAACUGGGAUACCUACCGGACGCUCUUCCCCCUCAUGACGAUGCAUGACCCCUACACCAUGGCCAAGGUUGUCCGAGGCAUGAUUGAUAUUCAGAAGCACGAAGGUGUGAUCUUUCGCCCACUCGACGCCAAUAUCCUGCUUGACUCUCGCGCAGGCUGGCUCCCUGAAUGUCGUAGCACGACGACCCAGCAGUAUAUCCAGGGCGGCAGCAACGCGGACCCGAUCCUCGCCGAAUUCCUCGUCAAACUCCAGGACCACGUAGCAGCGCUAGACGUCUCCGCGGACGACCUAUACACCGCAUUGCUCGCGGAUGCGGAAGAGCAGCCGCCUAACUGGAAUGUUCAGGGACGCGAAGCCAAUGCGUGGAAGGAGUAUAACUACAUACCCCAGUUCUUCUUCAAUCCCGGAGGCGCGAACACGAAGUGGGUUUCACGGACGCUCGAGUAUGCCUUUGACGACUUCACGAUUGCCCAAGUCGCUCGCGCUCUGAAUAAGACUGAGGAUGCGGAUAAGUACUUUGAUCGCGCAGGUAACUUUGCCAACGUUUGGAACCCCAACGUCACUUUCCCUGGCAGGGAGGAUAUCGUAGGAAUGAUGCAGCCGCGGUUCCAAAAUGGUACCUUCAACUACACCGACCCCCGGCACUGUAGCAUACACGACCCGGAGAAAGCGACGUGUUUCCUGAAUGCGGUCCGCCGCGACGGGUUCUACGAAUCGAGUCCCAUGGUGUACUCACAGUAUGUCCCACAAGACACGGCGAAGCUCAUCGACCUGCAAGGCGGCGUCGACGCAUUUGUGGAUAGAUUGGACUUCAUCUUCGACGAGGGUUACUUCGACUCCACAAACGAGCCGUCGCAGCAGAUCCCUUUCAUGUACCACUACGCGAAUCAGCCUGCCAAGAGCACGAAGAGGGCGCGCGAGGUUAUCGCGCAGAGCUUCAACACUAGCCUGAACGGGUUGCCCGGGAAUGACGACGCUGGUGCGAUGGGGAGCUAUGUGGUAUUCUACAUGCUCGGGCUCUACCCCUUGCCAGCGACCAAACAAGUGCUGUUGUCGUCGCCGUACUUUCCGGAGGUGACGAUAUACAAUCCGCUCUAUGGCACAAAUACGACUAUCCGGAGCACGAAUUGGGCGGAGAAUGGGACGGUCUAUGUGAAGAGCGUCACCGUCAACGGGGAAUCAUACAAGUCAAACUGCUACCUCGACUGGGAAGUCUUCGUGAAUGGGUCCACGAUAGAGUUGGAGCUGACGGACGACUUGGAUGGAACUUGCGGGGACGGGCCGGACGCUCUGCCACCGAGUUUGUCAACGGGCGGCUACAACUGA